AUGUCUGUCUUUGAAGAUUCCUUCGUUAUACUCGGAGAUGAUGCAUCUGAGUCUGUUCCUGUCUCAGGCUCAUUUGAAACCACUGACAACUCUUUCUCAGGCUACGAUGGUUCAGUCCAAAUCGAUGACUCCGUCAACGAUGUUUUUGCGGCGCCGUCUCCUGACUACGGUGGUUACUCUAACGGAGACGAUGUCUUCGGAUCUAACGGUGGUCACGACGGUCCUAUCUUACCACCACCGUCUGAAAUGGAAUCUGAUGAAGGAUUUGCUCUUAGAGAAUGGAGAAGACAAAAUGCGAUUCAGCUUGAGGAGAAGGAGAAGAAAGAAAAGGAAGUGUUGAAGCAAAUCAUUGAGGAAGCAAAUCAAUACAAAGAGGAGUUCCAUAAGAAGAGGGAAGUAACUUGUGAAAACAACAAAGCAGCUAACAGAGAGAAGGAAAAGCUGUAUCUGGAGACCCAAGAGAAGUUCUAUGCGGAAGCCAGCAAGAACUACUGGAAGGCAAUAGCCGAGCUAGUUCCAAAAGAGGUUCCAACAAUAGAGAAAAGAAGAGGAGGGAAGAAAGAGCAAGACCCGAAGAAGCCAUCAAUCUCAGUGAUUCAAGGUCCAAAGCCCGGCAAGCCAACCGAUCUUUCAAGAAUGAGACAAAUAUUGCUCAAGCUCAAACAAAACCCGCCUUCUCACCUGAAACUCACUUCUCAACCUCCAUCGGAUGCCGCUGCUCCUACUCCAAAGAAUGUUCCUGAAUCUAAGCCCACUGAGGCGGUUGCUGCUGCUUAA